AUGGCUUUUCAUGCAGGCCAAGAGCAAUUGAAGAAUGGAUUCAGUGGACAAGUGGAAUAUACUAACACUACUUAUACAGUAUCUAUGACCAUUGGUAUACCUGAGACUCCUGUUAGUUUAUCUAUUGACACAGGGAGUGAUGUUACAUGGCUGCAAUGCAAGCCAUGUACAGAUUGCUUUAAAAAAAGCAAUCCACCCUUUGAUCCUGAAACAUCAGGCACUUUUAAAUAUACUACGUGUGAAAACGAGAACUGCAAUAUCUUUGCUAAUGCAUUGAAAGCAUUUGACCAUCGUCUUUAUUUUGGAUGUGCGUUCUUCGCCAGGGGAAAUUUUUUUGCGGCAGAAGACGGAAUUAUGGGAUUAGGACAGGGACCAUUCUCAAUAAUUUCUCAACUUAACAUCUCCAAAUUUUCUCACUGCUUACAACUCCCUCUUACAGGCAAAACAUCUUAUAUAUUGUUUGGAGAUGCAGCUAGGCUUGUUGGUCGAGCAGCCCCUUUGAUCCAAAAUAAGAUAUUUCGUUCACAAUACGUUGUGAACUUUCACAGCAUGAUUGUGAUCGACAAUGAAAGGGAGAUUACGUUAAAUGUACCAUCCAAUAUAUUUGAAAUGGAUAAAAAUGGCAGGGGGGGAUUGAUUCUUGAUUUUGGCACCACCCUCAUGAGGAUUUCUGAAGUGACUUUUAAUAAGCUUUGUAUAGCUAUUAAAAGCAUAGUCCCUAAUGCUAAUAAUACUGCUAUGCUUGUUCAGGAGAAGGGAGUACCGCUUUACUGUUUUAAAGCUUCAUUUAAAGACUUGAAGAGUAUUGGUUUGAUUUUCAGACAUGAUUCUAUUGAUAUCCCACUCAUCAAAAGGCAGCUAUUUUUUCGAUACUAUCGUAUGGUUGGUCAACAAAGCACUGAAUUCAAAUGCCUCACCGUUUCAGUGUCGCCCAAUGAUCUAAGAGAGAGCAUUUUUGGAGCAUAUGCCCAAGCUAACUAUAACAUUGGUUAUGACCUUGACAACUUUAUAGUCACAUUCGACGAAAUGAAAUGUUAGGAGAAGGUAUGUCUCUCUUUAUUUCUCUCAUAUGUUAUCAUUGUUAUGCCUUAUUUCUGUCUCUUAUGCUAUUUUCUUUUCAAUAUCGGUGGGUUAAUAGUAGGACAUUGCUAGUUUCUGCAGAUAUCUGUCGACACCACCCUCUCGGUCUCCUUGGAGAUGGAAAGGCUUUUUAAGUGGAUCCAAAUAGACUGCAGAUGCAUCUUU